GGGGCCUGGCGGCAGGCGGGCUUCUCUCCAGCAGGCCGCGUAGCGGACAUGGCGGGCUCCCGGCUCCCGCGGCGGCUCUUCCUCCAGGGCGUGGCCGCCGUCUACAUGUUCGCCUUCGCUUCCCUCUACACACAGAUCCCGGGUCUGUACGGCCCCGAGGGACUCCUGCCUGCGCGGAGGACGCUGCGGCCCCAGGGCAAGGGGCGCUGGCGGCAGCUGUGGGAGACGCCGACGCUGCUGUGGGAGGCCCCGCGGCUAGGGCUGGACACUGCCCAGGGCCUGGAGCUGCUGAGCCUGCUGGGCACCCUGCUGGGCCUCGGGGCACUGCUGCUGCGCCGGCUGCGCCAUCCCCUCGUCUACCUGCUGCUCUGGGCCGCCUACCUGUCUAUUUGCCAGGUGGGCCAGGUGUUUCUCUAUUUCCAGUGGGAUUCUCUGCUGCUGGAGACUGGCUUCCUGGCUGUGCUGGUGGCCCCGCUAAGGCCUCCCCCAGACCGCAAGCAGGCCCCCCAAGGCGGGCUGGCCACGGCCUCGCCCCACGAAGCCCUCCCCUUCUGGCUCGUCCGCUGGCUGCUGUUCCGCCUCAUGUUCGCCUCGGGCGUGGUGAAGCUGACCAGCCGCUGCCCCGCGUGGUGGGGGCUCACUGCCCUCACCUACCACUACGAGACACAGUGCCUGCCCACGCCCGCCGCCUGGCUGGCCCACCACCUCCCCGUGUGGCUCCACAAGCUCAGCGUGGUGGCCACCUUCCUCAUCGAGAUCGCCGUGCCGCCCCUGUUCUUCGCCCCCAUCCGCCGCCUGCGCCUGGCGGCCUUCUACUCCCAGGUCUUGCUGCAAGUCCUGAUUAUCAUCACCGGCAACUACAACUUCUUUAACUUGCUGACCCUGGUGCUCACCACGGCCCUCCUGGAUGACCAGCACCUGGCCACUGAGCCCGGCCGGGGCCACCGCAAGAAGGCACCUGCCUCCUGGCCCAAGGCGCUUCUGGCCGUGCUGUCCCUGCUGGUGGAGCUGGCCGUGUACGGGCUGCUGGCCUGCGGCACCAGCCUCUACUUUGGCUUGGAGGUUGACUGGGAGCAGCGCUUCAUCCACUCCAAAACCACCUUCACCUUCCACCAGUUCUCCCAGUGGCUGAAGACCGUGACGCUGCCCACCAUGUGGUUGGGUGCAGCCUCCCUGGCCUGGGAGCUGCUGGCCGCCUUCUGGAGGUGGACCCGGGUGCAGGGGUGGCUGCAGAAGCUCUGGGCUGUGGUCCAGCUGUGCGUCCUCGGCUCCGCCACGGUGGCCUUGUUCACAGUCAGCCUGGUGCCGUACUCCUACGUGGAGCCGGGCACCCACGGGCGCCUCUGGACGGGUGCCCACCGUCUCUUUGGCGCCGUGGAGCACCUGCAGCUGGCCAACUCCUAUGGCCUCUUCCGCCGGAUGACUGGCCUGGGCGGGCGGCCGGAGGUGGUGCUAGAGGGCAGCUAUGAUGGCAGCCACUGGACGGAGGUCGAGUUCAUGUACAAGCCGGGGAACGUGAGCCGGCCCCCACCACUCGUGACCCCCCACCAGCCGCGGCUCGACUGGCAGAUGUGGUUCGCGGCCCUGGGGCCGCACACGCACAGCCCCUGGUUCACAAGCCUGGUCCUCCGCCUGCUGCAGGGCAAGGAGCCAGUGAUCCGCCUCCUGCAGAACGACCCCAUCAGGUACCCCUUCCACAAGCAGCCGCCCACCUAUCUCCGGGCCCAGCGCUACAAAUACUGGUUCUCGCAGCCCGGGGAGCAGGGCCGUUGGUGGCGCCGCCAGUGGGUGGAGGAGUUCUUCCCGGCCGUGUCCCUGGGGGACCCAGCGCUGGAGACGCUGCUCAGACAGUUCGGGCUUGAGGACAGGAGCCCACCCCGGCCGCGCGGCUCCGGCGGCGUGCUGCCCCAGGCCUUGCGCUGGGUGCGGACGCAGCUGGCUCCCCUGGAGGCGCCCGCCCUUCUCUGGGGGCUCCUGGUGGCUGCUGGUGCUGCCGGGGCGGUGCAAGCCCUCCUGGCCCCCCAGGCUGCCCCGCCUGCCAAGGAGGAGAAGCACAGGCCGGCCCCCGAGAAGUGUGAGCCUGCCGGCCCAGCCUCUGAAGGCUGCAGCGGCACUCGGGCCUCCCAGCGGAAGAAGUAGCCGGUUCCAUGGCCCCAGCACAGCCCAGGCUCCUCCAGGACGGGACCCACCACGAGUGUCUUCCCCACGGCCACGUGGAUGAGGCCAGGGAGCCCCACAGGCUCAGCUCCGCCCCUCCCCAGGGCCACUCAGUGGCUCAGGACGCAUCCUCCCCACAACCUGGUGACCCGGCGAUGGAGACCCUUCCCGCCAGCCAACUCUGCCCAGCCCCUCUCGGCAGGAUGGCGCGAGGCCAAGGGUCUGGAGACACCUGGGUCACUGCAGCCGCUCGUGCCGUCCGGACCCAGGAACUAAUAAAGUCAGUUUCCACUUUG